AUGACAGUAUUUAAACAAGAACCGGGAACUGGUGAGAUAGUGUUACCUUCGUCUUGUGUAGAUUCGGUAAAGGAAGUUCAGUUGAUCAAAACAAACUCUCAAAGAGUAAAUAACCGCCCAGAAAAACAAGGCGAGCAUGGAGUACAGAAGGUACAUAAGCCUGCGGUAAAUUUGCAUGAGGAUGAGCGCAAGAAGGAUAAACUUUCCAAAUUUUUAUUGAAGCAACCUAUUGUCAAACAAGAGUCAGUACUUAUAUCUUUUCAAGAUACGUCCCCAUCGUCAAGAUCAGCUGAGGCAGUCAGCAAGGCGAGCGGAAGUGUUGGACCAAAAAAGCAAGGUAAAGAAGAAGCGGGAGGAGGAGGAGAAGCCGAAGAAGCAGCUAAGGUUUCACAGGGAUCCGCGGGAUUACUAUCGGACAGUAUCUUGUUUACAGAUGCAUGUAGGCCAAGCAAACUGAAGAAUACUGGUAGUAAGGGAUGUCACGAGCCUAAAAAAGACCCUGGCUCAUUUCAGGCCAUAGAGCAGUUACUCUACGAGUAUGAUAAAAGCCAGGAAAACUCAGAAAAUUACGAAGAGGUUUUUGGGCAGGUCGAAGAACCAACAGAGUAUGCCCGGGUUGCGACGUUGGAUUUCCAAAAGUGGGCUGAAACAGGACAAGAGAUUCUCAAGGAACACCAGGAAUUGAUGGCCAAAAUGGUUGCUAAUAGAGCCAAGCUAAGUUACAAAUUCCAGGUGAUCACUCAGGUGAUAAACGAAAGAGCGGAGGUGCUAAUGAAGCAAGGAACACAAUUCCAAGAGAAGCUGGAGCGGAUCCAAACUCUCGGCAGGGAAAUCCUAGACAUCAUCUAA